UGUCCUCCUCAGAAAGUCGUACUCAGUGCCCCCGGACGCUACCCACUCUUUUUUUUUUUCCUCUGUACACAACAUUGACCCAAAGUCUUUCAUCACCAAAUUCUUGCAAAAAAAACAGCACAAUCUACAUUCACAAUUCUGCAAAAUCUCUUCUGAGUUCUAAUUUUGGCAAAAGUUUCCUAUGGCUUCCACAAGUUCUACUUCUACUUCUAUUUCUACUUUCAUCCCACAAUGGAAGUAUGAUGUUUUCUUGAGUUUUAGAGGUGAAGACACCCGAUUCAAUUUCACCGAUCACUUGUAUGCAAAUUUGAUUCGAAGAGGUAUUACUACCUUUAGAGAUGAUGAUUCACUUAAGAGAGGGGAAGAGAUUGCACCUGAACUCCUAAAAGCUAUUGAAGAAUCAAGGUUUGCCCUAAUAGUUUUCUCGGAAAACUAUGCUGGUUCCAGAUGGUGUUUAGAUGAGCUGGUGAAGAUCAUGAAGUGCAGGGAAGAAAUGAAACAAACUGUGGUACCGAUUUUCUACCAUGUGGAUCCAUCCCAUGUACGGCACCAGAAAGAAAGGUUCGGAGAGGCAUUUUCCAAUUACAAAGAAGAUACAGAGGAGAUGAAAGAGAAGGUGCGAAGUUGGAGGAGUGCAUUGAUAGAAGCAGCCAAUAUAUCUGGAGUGCAUGUGAAGAAGAAUGGGUAUGAGUCCGAGCAUGUUAAAGAAAUCGUCAACGAUAUAUUCAAGAGAUUGAAUUGUAAAAUGUUGGAUGUUGGUGACAACUUGGUUGGUAUGGAUUUUCAUGUAAAUGAGAUAAUUCGGAAGCUAUGUGUUGAUCAAUUGAAUGAUGUCCGUAUCAUUGGUAUAUGUGGAAUAGGCGGAAUGGGUAAGACGAGCAUCGCCAAACUUGUAUAUAAUACAUUAACUCAUGAAUUUGAGUAUAUGAGCUUUCUUGAAAAUGUUAGAGAAGUUGGCAAUACUAUGGGUUUGCAUCAUUUACAAAAUCAACUUCUAUGUGAUCUACUACAAGUGGAGAGAAAUCAAAAUGUAAGCAAUGUUGGCCAAGGAGCCAAUAUGAUAAAAAAUGUUCUCCAAUGUAAAAGAGUUUUUAUUGUUCUCGAUGACAUUGAUGAUUCAGAUCAAUUGGAAUAUUUACUCAGAAAUCGUGAUUGGCUUGGAAGAGGAAGCAGAGUCAUCAUAACAACUAGAAAUAAACAUUUGUUACAUGAAAUGGAUGACGUAUAUGAGGUCGAGGAAUUAAAUUUUGAACAAGCUCGUGAGCUUUUUAGUCUCUUUGCUUUUAGACAAAAUCUUCCCAAACAAGACUUCAUCCACCUCUCGGAUCGUGUAGUCUAUUAUUGUCAUGGCCUUCCUUUAGCUCUAAAAGUCCUCGGUUCUCUCUUGUUUAACAAGACAAUACUCCAAUGGGAAAGUGAAUUGUGUAAAUUGGAAAGAGAACCUGAAGUGAAAAUUCAAAAUGUGCUUAAAGUAAGCUUUAACGGAUUAGAUUAUACACAGAAGAAAAUAUUUCUUGAUAUUGCAUGUUGUUUUAAAGGGGAAGACAAAGACUUUGUUUCAAGAAUAUUGGACGGUUGUAAUUUGUAUGCAGAGAGAGGAAUAAAAGGCCUCUGUGAUAAGUGUCUUAUAUCUCUUUCUAAAAAUAAGAUACUUAUGCAUGAUUUGAUACAAGAAAUGGGAUGGAACAUUAUUCGUAGUGAAUCUCCUGGUGAUCCUACAAAAUGGAGCAGAUUGUGGGAUCCGAGUGAUGUGUGUCGUGCAUUUAGAAUGGGGGGGAUGAAAAAUGUUGAGGCAAUAUUCUUGGACUUGUCGAGAUCGACACCACUACAAGUUAGUAAAAAGACUUUUGCAAAGAUGAAACAACUUAGAUUGCUCAAGAUUUAUUCAAGCGGUUAUUGUGGUACUAUGGAAAAGCAAUUGAAAGUUAUUCUUCCUAAAGAUUUUCAAUUCCCUGCACAUGAGUUGAGAUAUCUUCAUUGGGAAGGAUACCCUUUGAAAUCAUUGCCGCCCAAUUCUCUUGGAGAGAACCUUGUUGAACUCAACAUGAAGGAUAGCAACAUAAAACAACUUAGGCACAGAAAUGAGCAUUUGGAACGGUUGAAAAUCUUAAAUUUAAUAGGAUCAAAGCAACUCACUGAAAUAUCGAACUUCUCAAAUAUGCCAAAUCUAGAGAAGUUAGAACUUGCACAUUGUACGAGUUUGAAUGUUGUUGAUCCAUCUAUUGGAGAUCUCAAGAAACUUACCGUGUUGAAUUUGGGUGGGUGCAAAAACCUUAAGAGUUUACCAAGAAGCAUUCAACUCUUGGACUCUCUUAAAAUUAUGAACUUGAGUUUAUGCUCAAACUUGGAGGAAUUUCCAGAGAUGGAGAGAAGUCGUAUGAAAGCUUUAUAUUGUCUUCGCCUUCAUGGAUGUGGUAUUAAGGAAUUACCCUCCUCAAUAGAACAUCUCACUGGACUUAAGGCGUUAUUUAUGUCAGACUGCAAAAACUUGAGGAGUCUUCCAAAUAGCAUUUGCAGGUUAAAGUCCCUUCAUCACAUCAAGCUCUCUGGUUGUUCAAAUCUAGAUACUUUUCCAGAAAUCACGGAGGAUAUGAAAUACUUAGGAGUUCUUGAUUUAAGAGGAACUGGUAUAAAAGAGCUACCAUCAUCACAAAAUCUGAAAAGCCUCUGGCGUUUGGAUAUGAGCAAUUGCCUUGUGACUCUUCCAGACAACAUUUAUAAUUUGAGAUCCCUUAAAGAUCUGACACUACAAGGUUGUUGUUCAAACUUGGAGAAGUUUCCCAAGAAUCCGGAAGGCUUCUGCUCCUUAGAACGACUAGAUUUGAGUAACUGCAAUCUAAUGGUUAGCAUACCUUCUGGCAUCUCUCAACUUCGUAAGCUUCGUUACCUUGAUAUCAGUCACUGCAAGAUGCUCCAAGACAUUCCAGAGCUUCCAUCGAGUCUGCGAGAAAUAGAUGCCCACCAUUGCACGAAGCUGGAAAUGUUAUCAAGUCCAUCAUCUCUACUCUGGUCUUCCCUCCUCAAAUGGUUCAAUCCAACAAGUAAUGAGCACUUGAAUUGCAAGGAAGGCAAGAUGAUUCUUAUCCUAGGAAAUGGUGGAAUUCCAGGGUGGGUAUUGCAUCAGGAGAUUGGAAGCCAAGUAAGAAUAGAACCUCCUCUGAAUUGGUACGAGGAUGACCACUUUCUGGGAUUUGCUUUCUUCACUCUUUUUCGUCACGAGAAUGAUUUUCUGCGUGAAUCUCAAUUUAGUCUGAGAUUGCGCGGUGAUCCGGAUGAAGUUGUGGAUGACCGCGUCAUUUGGUUGCUGCGUUCAUGCUACGGUAAUUGUGAUGCAUUAGAUCGAUUGUUGGUGACUCUCUAUCAUAAGAAUGCUAUUCCAAGUAAGUACCACCGCAAACAACCAUGGCACUUUCUGGCUGAUUUUGUUGCUAGGUAUGGUCCUCGGGCUACUCAUAUCAAUAUCAGGAGGUGCGGAGUUCAGCUGAUAUACACCCAUGAUUAUCUACAUGACAAUGUGCCUAUGUUGUUGGAUCAUCAAAAAGGCCAUGAUGAUGCCGGGGUAAACCAAGCAGAUGAUCAGGAACCACACCCUAAAAGAUUGAGAGCAUCCAGUACUGAUCUCAAGCUUUAAGCUCCAUUGCCAGGUGCACUUGCUAGAAAAGUCCUCUUUAUAUUCCACCAUCUCUCUAUUUUAGUUGUUCAUUCAAGCCCUCAUGGACACUUAUUGGUAAGCCAUCUUCCUCCCCCUUCUUAAUUACUUUAAGAUAUGUGCCAAGGGGUUCAAAGGGGUCGAAAUUCUGUUGUGCUUCUUUCUUUUCUUUUCUAUUUUAUGAUAAAAUACAAAUCCUUUAAAAGGUCUUUUCACUUCAUCCUGAAAGGGUAAUGUUGAGUUUGUUACGUCAACAAAAACUCUUAUAUCA